AUGGCGCCGAAGUCCUGGAGCUGGAACACCUCGAGCUCGGGGUCGGGGAGCUGGUCCAGCGGACAGGCCUUCACCUGCUGCGCCACGUUGGGAUGCAAGGGCUGGAUCAAAGACGAGAUCUGGCAGCCUGGACUACAAUGCCGACAUUGCAGGGCCACGUUCAAGAAGCCCUGGCGUGCCAAGCAGAACGAGGGCUACGCGGGCUACUCCAACUCGUCAGGGCCCAGCAUGAGUGCAUCCGCAGGGGGGCGCCAGAGAUGGGGCCAGAAGGCAGAGGCGAAGGAAAUCUCGAAGGCGCUGACGCUCAUCGCCGAGCGGAUGAGCAGCAUGCAGCUAGAGAAAAGCGAGCAGCUAGGCAAGCAGCUCACUGGAUGUGCUAAGAUGCUGGAGAGCCAGGCGGACCCGCCGAAGAUCAAGACCAGACCUGAACGGCUCGCGGAGGCUGCCGAGGCGCUGAGGGUCGCGAACAAGCGAUUUACAGCGGUGGCGGCCGAGGUAAUGAAGCAGCGGGCCUGGUUGAAGGAGCUCGAGGACAAGAUGAACGACAAGGCGGAAGAGGAGGCAAAGAAGGAGUCCAUAUUGGAGGCGAUCCACUCGGAAGGUCGGGGUCAGCCCAGCUUCACGCAGCAGCUGAUCACGCAGACGCCCGAGGAGAUGGCCAUGGAGAGGAUGAUCAACUUGGACAAAGAGCUGACGUUGGAUGACGAAGAGGUGGACGAGACGGCAAGGCAGGCGGUCGCCGAGGCGAAGAAGCAGAUGCUGCAGGAGCUUCAAAACGGCGCGAAGUCGCAUGCGAGCCAGCUGCAGGAACACAUCCACCAAGCCAAGGAGAACGCCGCAAAGAACAGGGAGACGAUCAGGCAGGAGUACAAGAAGAGGAAAGCGGUGACGCAGGAGGAGACCGCAGGCAAGGCCGCGGAUGGAGAGAUGGAAGACGCGGACUCACCCGACAAGGACGCACAGGACACGACGGCGCAAGACACCAAGGCAGGCGAGGAGAUCGACGACGACCUGGAGGAGGAUGCGCUCGGAAAGGCAAGGGCCAAGCUCGCCGCAGUCGGCGGGAAGGCAACGGCCAAGCGGGGCGUCAGGACAACUUUCGUCGGCAAUAUCACUACGUGGGGCCCUACUGUGGAGUCGUGGCUUAAGGAUAAGCACCUUAGAAUAGACGGCAACAAGCACAGUGGGAAUGGGUUCGACACGUACAUGCUGCAGGAGACGCAUCUUCGUCUUCACCUGCUGGAGGAGAAGGAGGCGCUCCUGCACAAAUGGGGCCUGAUGGCGUGCUUCGCGGCGUCACAACUUUCCGUCAAGUCCGAGGGGAGCUCGAGAGGAGGGGUGGUGAUAGCCACGAAGUCGCACUACAGGAGCACAUGGUUUCGGGAGCUCGCGGCGUUCGGCAGUGUCUCGGGGGCUACUGCGGGCAACCGUGAGCACCAAUUAGGGGCAGAAGAUCAUGGGCUACUUCAGAUGGAGGGCUGGGCAGCAAUGACGUGGUACCUCAAGGGGUACAGUCUGGUGCUGAUCUCGCUCUACCUGAGGUGCGACCAACCGCUGAAGGAAGGGGCCAAUGCAGGGCGAUUGGCAGAAGUGGCGAAGUUCACGAAGACGCUACGUACGCCGUGGAUCAUCGCAGGAGACUUCAACGUCAACCCGACCAGGUUAGCGAAGGAGGGCCUAUGUGAUUUCCUUGGCGACGCGCGCAACUACACACUACCAGGCGACACGCCGACCUGCUACAAGGCCGACGCGGAGCCAUCCCUCAUCGCCCACGUGCUAACAAGCCCAACGGCAUGCAGGCACACCAUCGGGCUCGAGGCCGUAUCGCACACCAGCUGGAAGCCGCACAUCGGCCAACAGUUGAGCAUCAAGGCGGAACUCGAGUACAACAUCACGAGAGUGCUGAAGAUGCCGACCGCGUUCAACCACCCGAGGCACGUCCGCAAGGGGAGGCGCACAGGGUCCGAGACGGAGACCAGGGGAGAGAAAACUAGGCCAAGUGACAUGCGCGAUCCAGACGCGGGCAUCAUCGAGGAAGACUUCGAGUGGCAGGAGAGCGCUGACAGCGAGCAGCUGCCACCAGAACUCCAGCCCGAAGGUCUACUCACACCAAGAGCAGGGGACCAGAGAGAAACUGGGCCCGAGGCAGUUGGCCAGGUGCGAGAAAGGGGUGACUGGAACAAACUGGAGGUCAACGACAGCGAGCUCGAGGAACGCGAGGACAGCAGCCCCAUGGAGGUAAAAGAGGUAGACACGCUCACAAUGAAUGACACAUGGGACAAGCACUUCAAGCAGAGGCACGUGAGAAAGUACAAGGAGGCACCAGGAUACAUCAGCGUGUCAGCGGCGUUCAAGGCGACCAAGGACGAGGCUGAGAAGCUGGGAGCCCAGUACCACCACCUAGUAGCCACAAUGGAGAGCUUCUACUGCGAGGCCUAUGACAUCCAGGAGGAGGACCAGCGUAAGUUCAAGGGAAGAGGUGAAGCGCAUGAGUUUCAGGAGAAGGAAAUACGUGAACCAGGGACGAGGAGAACCCACUACAGCAACAGGAAGACCAACUGGUGGAGCAGGAUGGCCGCAGCCCUGGACACAUACGCGAAGCUCAGGUUGCAUAGGAUCAUCUGGAGCGCACGCAUCAAGGAGGCCAGUAAGAUAGAGGACAGCGUACUGGAGGGCAUGGUCUUGCAGGCCAAGAUGGAGGCGAGGCAAGCGCUCAAGGCAGACUUGACGAAAGGGGCCAAGGACAACGCGAUAUGGCUAGCCAACGCGGAGGUAAGCGCCCCAGGAGCUCUACAUAAGAUCACGAAGCCGAAGAGGAGGCACGAGGACGAAUACAUGAAAGCAGGCAAGAAAGCCACUAGCCCGAAGGAGACAAUCGACCUGAAGGCGGGGGACUUCGAGCAGAUGUGGAGCCACUUCAGCAAGCACGAGGAGGCGGUGGAGGUGAUCAACAUGCUCAGGGAGAAAGCGAAGGAGGAGCCGACGCCGAGAUGGACGCUGGAGCAGUUCGACGAGGCAGUGAAAGGCAUCCCCAACAAAGGCAAAGGUACGGACGCGAUGAACAUGGACGACGUCAGGAGGCUACCAGAGCAUGGCAGGCAGGCCUACAUCGACAUGCACAACAGCUGUGAAGAGGAGGUGGCGUGGCCGUGGCAAACGCUACAAGCGAUGGACAUGCUACAGCCAAAAGACGCAGAACAGAUAGACGGCUCUGCGCUCACAGGAGGAGGAGAUAGAGCAUUGGCACUACUCACGUGGUUCGCCAGGACGUGGGAGCUGCUAAACAGAGACCAGAUCAGGAGGUGGGCCAAGAAUGUGGAGGAGGACUUCGACGCGGCGGUGGCAGACAACUCAUGCCUGAGGGAGGCAAUGGCCAGAGCGCUGGGGGACGAGACCUCGCAGGAGCUCGGCGCGCACUCUGCCAACGCCCUGGUCGACGCCAAGCGUUUCUACGAUUCCUUGGUCUUCGAGACGGUAGCGAAGAGAGCGAUGGGGUACGGCGUUCCGACCAGGGUGCUGGCGAUGGCCAUGUUGUCGCACCUGACCCCGAGGAUGCUGAAGGCAAACAACGCGUACAGCAUGCCGAUCUACGCAGAGCGGAGCCUGCUGGCGGACUCAAGGCACAGCAACAACUUAGCCAGAACCCUCAUAUACCACGUGGUGAAGGCCAUGAACAACAGGGUGAAAAUGGUACAGCCAAGAACCUGGUUCGACGACAUAGGUCUGCGAGCAGUGGGGAGCCUGGCCAAGGUGGAGGACCGCAUAGUGGAGGCAACCUAUGAGGUGACGAAGAAGCUGAACGAGGAGGGGCUAGCCAUGGCAGGCAAGUCGGUCCUAUUCAGCACGAGCAUCGAAAUGACGAAGAGGGCCACGAGUAGAUUGGCGAAGUUGGGCAUCAAGAUCAAGGCCGCCACCGAGGGGUGCGACCUUGGACUUGACCGAGCAGGCAGAACAUGCACGAGGAGAGCUACUCACGGAGCGAGGUUCAGGAAGGGCAUCAAGCGCUUCGGGGCGACCGCAAGGAAGCUGAAGAAGGCAAAGUCGAGGAGGCAGGUCAUCGAGCAGGGACCCAUGGCGCAGGUCGGCUACGGCACAAAAGCAUACGGCGCCAACCCCACGGAGCCCACCCACAUCAGGAAGAAGUACGCGCAGGGCCUCAGGCGGGCAUGGCCAGGAAGGUGCCUCACGGCGCUGCUCGACUUAGAGGGCAGGCACCCAGGCAUCACCAUACCCAGGAACCAAUUCCAGGCGUGGUUCGACUUGAGGGCCAGCCGACCAGACCUGCGAGCCGGGGUGCGACGGGCCUGGCCGCGUAUACAUGCACGCCUACUUGCAGCACCACGAAGCACCAGGUGGCAACAGAGGAGGGGUGUGAUAGGCGCGCUGAUACUACAGCUCUGGGAGAUCAACUGGGACGCGAAAUCAGCGGACUUCUGGGAAGACGCCGACGGAGGAGGAUGGCAACUGCAACCCGACGAGGGAGACGACGACCCAACGGUGCUGCUGGACGCCAUCACCAACGAUCUAAAGAAAAAGAUGUGGACGAAAGCUAGCCUGCACCACAACGGAGCUGGACUGCAACACGGAGCCGACACCUACGACUUGAAGAUGCAGCUGAGGCGCCUGCGGGAGCACGGGAAGUACCAGCUGUAUGGAGCGCUCCUGACGGCAGCAUGCGCAGGGGCAUGGUCACCGCAGAGGAGGAGAGACACCUUCGGCGAAGACACGUGCAACCUGUGCAACUGCGGGGAGAUAGCGGACGACUACCACAUCGUCUGGGGUGACUGCAGCUGCAGGAGCGAGCACGGCAUCUUCAAGAAGACAAAUAACCUGGUGCCGCGCGAGACGGAGUACAGCGCUGCCAGGACGGGCAAGGCCACAGACACCACCAACGAGGAGCAGGGCAACAAGCUCUACUUACACGAGGAUACCAUGAUAGUGUGCGGCGACGGGAGUGGAGGAGAGCACGGAGACGAAGCGAGAUAUCGAAGAUGCGGUUGGACCUGGGUGGUGAUGGAGAAGAUAGGCGACACCUGGAACACCACGGCGACAGUCGCAGGCCCACUCCCAAGGCCAAGGCAAUCCAACAACAGGGGGGAGAUCACAGCCUUCCUCGACUGCUUGCAGACGGCAGGCAGCCUGACCUUCUACACAGACUUAAAGAUUAUCUGCAAAGGCUGGCACAGCAAGAGGUACCUCAUCACGGGAUACAAAAAGGCGCAUGGAGACCUGUGGAAGAAAAUACGACAGAGAAUGGCCACAAGAGGUGGAGCUGAAGUGCGGGUUCGUCGCAUCGAGGGCCACGUGACCAAAGAGCAGGCGACGGAAAGAGGAGUGAGGAUCGAAGCCUGGAAGGGCAACGAGAGAGCGGACCAGCUUGCAGGUGAAGCGGCAGCCAGCCACAGGUUCAGGAAGGGCAUCAAGCGCUUCGGGGCGACCGCAAGGAAGCUGAAGAAGGCCAAGUCGAGGAAGCAGGUCAUCGAGCAGGGGCCCAUGGCGCAGGUCGGCCACGGCAGAAAAGCAUACGGCGCCAACCCCACGGAGCCCACCCACAUCAGGAGGAAGUACGCGCAGGGCCUCAGGCGGGCAUGGCCAGGAAGGUGCCUCACGGCGCUGCUCGACUUAGAGGGCAGGCACCCAGGCAUCACCAUACCCAGGAACCAGUUCCAGGCGUGGUUCGACUUGUGGGCCAGCCGACCAGACCUGCGAGCCGGGGUGCGACGGGCCUGGCCGCGUAUACAUGCACGCCUACUUGCAGCGCCACGAAGCACCAGGUGGCAACAGAGGGGUGUGAUAGGCGCGCUGAUACUACAGCUCUGGGAGAUCAACUGGGACGCGAAAUCUGCGGACUUCUGGGAAGACGCCGACGGAGGAGGAUGGCAACUGCAACCCGACGAGGGAGACGACGACCCAACGGUGCUGCUGGACGCCAUCACCAACGAUCUAAAGAAAAAGAUGUGGACGAAAGCUAGCCUGCACCACAACGGAGCUGGACUGCAACACGGAGCCGACACCUACGACUUGAAGAUGCAGCUGAGGCGCCUGCGGGAGCACGGGAAGUACCAGCUGUAUGGAGCGCUCCUGACGGCAGCAUGCGCAGGGGCAUGGUCACCGCAGAGGAGGAGAGACACCUUCGGCGAAGACACGUGCAACCUGUGCAACUGCGGGGCGAUAGCGGACGACUACCACAUCGUCUGGGGUGACUGCAGCUGCAGGAGCGAGCACGGCAUCUUCAAGAAGACAGAUAACCUGGUGCCGCGCGAGACGGAGUACAGCGCUGCCAGGACGGGCAAGGCCACAGACACCACCAACGAGGAGCAGGGCAACAAGCUCUACUUGCACGAGGAUACCAUGAUAGUGUGCGGCGACGGAAGUGGAGGAGAGCACGGAGACGAUGCGAGAUAUCGAAGAUGCGGUUGGACCUGGGUGGUGAUGGAGAAGAUAGGCGACACCUGGAACACCACGGCGACAGUCGCAGGCCCACUCCCAGGGCCAAGGCAAUCCAACAACAGGGGGGAGAUCACAGCCUUCCUCGACUGCUUGCAGACGGCAGGCAGCCUGACCUUCUACACAGACUUAAAGAUUAUCUGCAAAGGCUGGCACAGCAAGAGGUUCAGGAAGGGCAUCAAGCGCUUCGGGGCGACCGCAAGGAAGCUGAAGAAGGCCAAGUCGAGGAGGCAGGUCAUCGAGCAGGGACCCAUGGCGCAGGUCGGCUACGGCAGAAAAACAUACGGCGCCAACCCCACGGAGCCCACCCACAUCAGGAGGAAGUACGCGCAGGGCCUCAGGCGGGCAUGGCCAGGAAGGUGCCUCACGGCGCUGCUCGACUUAGAGGGCAGGCACCCAGGCAUCACCAUACCCAGGAACCAGUUCCAGGCGUGGUUCGACUUGUGGGCCGGCCGACCAGACCUGCGAGCAGGGGUGCGACGGGCCUGGCCGCGUAUACAUGCACGCCUACUUGCAGCGCCACGAAGCACCAGGUGGCAACAGAGGAGGGGUGUGAUAGGCGCGCUGAUACUACAGCUCUGGGAGAUCAACUGGGACGCGAAACCAGCGGACUUCUGGGAAGACGCCGACGGAGGAGGAUGGCAACUGCAACCCGACGAGGGAGACGACGACCCAACGGUGCUGCUGGACGCCAUCACUAACGAUCUAAAGAAAAAGAUGUGGACGAAAGCUAGCCUGCACCACAACGGAGCUGGACUGCAACACGGAGCCGACACCUACGACUUGAAGAUGCAGCUGAGGCGCCUGCGGGAGCACGGGAAGUACCAGCUGUAUGGAGCGCUCCUGACGGCAGCAUGCGCAGGGGCAUGGUCACCGCAGAGGAGGAGAGACACCUUCGGCGAAGACACGUGCAACCUGUGCAACUGCGGGGCGAUAGCGGACGACUACCACAUCGUCUGGGGUGACUGCAGCUGCAGGAGCGAGCACGGCAUCUUCAAGAAGACAGCGCGCGAGACGGAGUACAGCGCUGCCAGGACGGGCAAGGCCACAGACACCACCAACGAGGAGCAGGGCAACAAGCUCUACUUGCACGAUGAUACUAUGAUAGUGUGCGGCGACGGAAGUGGAGGAGGGCACGGAGACGAUGCGAGAUAUCGAAGAUGCGGUUGGACCUGGGUGGUGAUGGAGAAGAUAGGCGACACCUGGAACACCACGGCGACAGUCGCAGGCCCACUCCCAGGGCCAAGGCAAUCCAACAACAGGGGGGAGAUCACAGCCUUCCUCGACUGCUUGCAGACGGCAGGCAGCCUGACCUUCUACACAGACUUAAAGAUUAUCUGCAAAGGCUGGCACAGCAAGAGGAGCGACCAGGUGCCUCAUGAUGAAAGGAAGGCUUCCCACGUGUCACACAGCAUAUGCUGGUCAAAACACCAGAGCAAGCACUUCUGCUGGAGCUGCUGCGCCACGGCGGUGAAGCACCUGAACCACAAGAUGAUCGACAAGUGUGAGGGCUGGCCGCUCAGACCAGCUUCUAGCUACGCGUUGGAGGCGCUACUGAAAGAGAAGGACUGGUUAGUGGGAACUGGUGCGAGGUCGAAGUCGUCUAAGGCGGUUGACGUGCGGACCGACAUGCGGCUGCAGCGGUUCGACGGCACGGAGGAGAAGUGGGGAGACUGGAGUCUCCGAUUCGAGGCGGCAGGCCAGAGGCAGGACCCGCUGCUGAACGACCAGCUCGACGAGCGCGCCAGGCAGGUCAGCCAGCGUCUGUGGCAUCUGCUGGUCACGUAUUGUGAGGGAAAGGCGAUGGGAGUGGUCAAGCUCUCGCGCAAGAAUGGCCUCGAGACGUGGCGCCAGCUCAAGAAUGAGUACGAGAGCCGUUCAGGGAAUCGUUGGACGGCGAUGCUGAGGUUCAUCCUGAACCCGCAGGACAAGCGGGCCAAGGAUCGCGAGGCGGGCAUCGACUUCUUUCAGUCGCUCACCGCCUGGGAGGCGAUCGUGGCCGAGUACGUGGAUCAGAGCGGCGAAGCCGUCUCGGACAAUGUCAGGGUGAGCGAGCUGCUGGAGCACGCGACAGAUCCCCAUCGUGAAGUGCUGCGACAGGCCCCAGAGGAGGUGAAGCUCACGUUCGGGACAGCUCGCAGCCAAAUCAGGGGCUACUACAACCAAGGAAGGACUUUCACUCACGUCCCAGACGUGGGCGGGGUCGUCCCAGUGCAGGUGGAUGCAAUCCGUGCCCAGCUUCCCAAUGGCAAGGCCAGCGGCCAGGGCAAGACGCACAAGUCGGACAAGUCAGGCGGGAAGUCGGGCAGAUACCAGAAGGGUAAGGACUCGAAGACCAAGUCUAAGGGUCGCGACGGCGGCAAGCACGGCAAGAACCAAACGGAGUACUUUGACGGCGAGUGCGGCUACUGCGGCAAGCGGGGCCACAAGCGGGCAGACUGCAGGAAGAAGAAGGCCGACGACCCGAAGAAGGAGCCAGGGCACACGCGAGCGGUUCAAGGCGACGCAACCUCGUCAUCAGGCCAGCAGCCAGCGGAUGGCACGGUGAAGGCGGCGUCGGGCUACCAUGACGGCAAGCCCGAUGGCUGGGUGUUCGCGGUCACGGCGCAGACGGACGGCAAGGUGGCGAAGGUCGGCGGCUCCAUCCUGAUCGACAGCGGCAGCGACGACCAUCUCUGCAGGCACAGAUUUGUCCCACAGGCCCCCAGCAGCGCUGCAGUGGACGCGCCGAGGCUCUUCGACGUGCAGCAGCGCCCACUACCGACGGCAGGCCUGAGGGGAGUAGAGAUGACCAUGAAGGAGGGCAUCACGGCGACGGCGGACUUCCUCGUCGCUGACGUGAACGACGAUCUGCUGAGCAUGGGGAAGCUGCUCGGGCAGGGCUUCAGGUUCAACCUCAGCCUGGAGGACGGGCUCUACAUGGCGAAGGGCCAUCGCAGCGCGCAGCUCACGCUGGAGAGGGACAGCCUCCUCAGGCCCCCGAUUGUCUCGGCGGGCCCCGCAGAUGAGGCUCACCACUGCCGCGGAGCAGCAGAGCGGAAGGAUGCGGCGACAGCUCCUGUGCUCAACGCGGACAGCUCGGUCGGCGCGAUGAGGACCAGGCUGAAGGAGUUGUGCAUUCCCAUCUACGGUACCAAGGCGGAGCUUUGGGACAGGCGCAUCGCGGCGGAGGCCGCGGUCAGGCGAUCGGAGGCUGAGAGGGCGCACAAGCAGGCAGUCAAGGAACAGCUCGGGAUCCAGCACGACCCAGUCGAGGCUAGGGAGUUACCCGUACCGAAGGCUCCGAGCGCUGAGGAGGGGAGGCAGCACCGCCUCACUCAUCUACCAACCGCGCCCUGGCGCGAGGAGUGCAUCCGUGGCAAGGCGCCCGAUGCUCCCCACACUCAGGUCACGCUCGAGGACUCCGAGCGGAAGGCGCCGCUCAUCAGCUUUGACUUUGGUUUCUGCGAGACGGCUGAUGAGGACGGGGAUCUGACGAAGGUUGAGGACACCUACGCGACGAUGCUCGUGGCGAUCAGCUCGGACGCUGGUGUAGUAAAGGUCAUUACAUGCCCAUCGAAGUCGGCAUCACCAUACGCGAUUGCAGGCAUCAAGGAGUUCGCGCAGCGGUUCGAGACGGGCAAGUGCAGACUCAGGACCGACUCUGAGCCUGCAACGAGGGCAAUCCUGGACGGGGUAGUCGCAGAGCUGACAGGCAAGGUCAUUCCAGAACUGACGCCCAAGCACAGCAGCCAGUCCAGCCCAGCGGAGGCGGCGGUGAAGAUCACCGAGGGCCAGACGCGGGACCUCAAGUUGGAUCUUGAGAAGCGCUACGGCACCAAGAUCACGGCGGCGAUGCCGAUCGGGGCCUGGGUGAUGCGCCACGCUGGGUGGCUACACGAACGGUAUUCGCGACGAGCUGGAGGGCAGACCCCACAUGAGAUAGCGACGGGCACGCCCUACAAGGGCGACAUCUGCACCUUCGGCGAGACGGCGGAGAGGCGCGGGCUGCCGCCUGAGGCGGAGGCCUCGGAGAGCAAGCGAGCGCGGGUUGCAGCGGUUCACGAGCUGGACGUCGGCAACAUAGACGACCCGCCCGACACGCUCUGGGAGGAGAUCUCGGAUGAGGUCGAGGACCCGACCGAGAUCAUGUUCGACGUGGACGCGCAGGACGAGCUGGACAAGAAGCUCACGCUGGAGCACCUGCAGAGCCUCCUGGCGCCCGAGCACGAGGACGUGGUGGUGGAUCCACCGCAGGAGUACCUGCACAGGCUGCAGGCAGAGGGCAAGAGCACGGACAUCUUCUGGAAGCUGAAGAGACAGCUACCUGGCAGGCGCACGGCGGCGCCUGGCUGGGUGGAGCACAUGGCGGGCAUCCUCGUGGACGAGAUGCGCAUGGCGAGGUGCGAGGGCUUCCGCGACGAGCUGGGACAGCACGUGACCUUCAGCGGCGGCGAGAUCCACGAGUACGGCACCACCUACGAGCACCUGAAGAGGCUGAGGACGCGGUUCGAGCACGGGACGGAGCUGAAGGCGAACCCGAAAUACCUGGACUACGCGGUGGAGACCCUCGGCCUCGGGAGCGCGAACACGGCGCCCACGCCAGGAGUGCCAGCUCACAAGGCGCUCAUGGGGAGCACCCCUGCCCUGUCUUCCGUUCAGGCUGGCAUAUACCGAUCGUGCGUGGGGGCGCUGAUGUACGACGCCCAGGACAGGGCGGACUGCCAGUAUGAGGUGAGCCUACUAGGACGGAUGUUGUCGGGCCCCACCGUCGGCGCCCUCACCGCAUUCAAGAGGCUGGUCAGGUACCUGAUGGGCACGAAGGACGCGGUGAACUGGCUCCCGAGGCCGACGGAGGGCACGAACGUGGAGCUGGUGGGCUACGGCGACAGCGACUGGGCAGGGGACCUGCAGACGAGGAGGUCACAGUCUAGCGGCAAGAUCGAGAUUGACAACGCCCCCGUGCACUCCUUCAGCAGGCGCCAGGGGAUCGCGGCGACUAGCUCGGGAGUGGCUGAGUACUACACGGCGACUGCGGCCGCCGAGGAUCUCCUCUACUUCAAGUCGCUCCUGGAGUUCAUGGGCUCCACGGUGGCGACUACUCUUCUGACGGACUCGUCGGCGGCCCGAGGGAUUGCCAAACGCGAAGGAGUUGGCAAGGCCAGGAGCCUGGAGGCGCGGGUGCUCCGGCUCCAGCAGGCGAUCAAGAGGGAACUGAUGGACCUCGGGACCGUCGGCACCGACUACAACAAGGCCGACCUGGGCACGGAGAUCCUCGGGCACGAGCGCUUCGUCAAGCCCAGGACGAUGAAUGGCAUCUACACGGACGUGGGCCAGGUUGCGGAGAGCGACCACCAGUCGGAGGAGGUGGUCUUCGACGAGGGGGCGGCGGUUCGGGUUCGGCGCGCCCCGGGCGCGGCCACUUCACCGAGUGCGACCCGCUCAGCGGCCCUGGCGAUGAUCACGGCGGCGGUAGCGCUCCCUCAAGGGUGCGAAGGACCCGCCAUCAAGGACGACGGCUACUACGACACGGAGGUUUGCUCCAAGGACGGCGUGGUCGCGAGCGACCCGACCAACUAUUGGCUGGCGCUGGUCGUCUGGACGCUGGUCGCGGCCACCGUCUUCGGCUACGCGGGGUUCCGCUACGUAAGCUGGGGGGGGCACGAGCGGCUCCUCGUCCAGACCGAGCCCGAUGACGCGAAGGACAAAAAGAUCGACUCAAGCAUUGGCUGCAUGUCAUCCAAGUCGACCAAGUCGUCGGUGGAUCAGAGCAACCGCAUGAGGAGGACGGCCGGCACUCAAUCGCAGACAACGAACAAGUGGAGAUGGGCUGCUCCACGUUUUCAGCCAUUGUCGAUCAGCAUGCACGGUGUCUUCCUUGAGGUGCAUGCUGGGGGUGAUGCCAAGGCUAGAGGACGUUUUCUGCACUGA